CUUCCGGGUUUUGCAGCUGUGAAGAUUUGGGCGCGUUUCUCUUCAAUUUUCUCGAAAUUUAACGCCUUUUCGAGAGCUUUUGUGCAAGUUGAAGCAUACUUGAACCAAUGAACUGAUUCGGUGAAGGCCACCACUAUAGUUUAGACGAAUGGCGGAAGACAAAAAGGGUUCAAAGGUCACCCUGCCUCCCCUGAAGAAGGGCGGUGAUGAUGACGGUCCGAAAGAGAAGUUUGUGGCGAAGAACUGGCGACAGCUGUCCCCGCGGACGCUAAACAAGAUGGCGCCACAGGAGAAAAGCAAAUACCUGGCAUACGAGGAGCCUUCAAAGCCUGUACAGGAGGCACAGGCGUCCACCUUGAAGAGAGUCCGUGACCUUCGAAAGGCACAGAGAAGAGCAAACCCUCCCAUGUCCAUGGAUGAAUUUGUGGAGAAAGAAAAACACAGCAAGCUCAUAGGACAACUCAAAGCUGCAGAGGCCAGGAACAGACUUCGGGUGAUGCGGCUAAGAUAUCAGAGUAACAGGGCCCAGGAGGUGAAACACCUGAUUGCGUGCCAGCCUCACUCGCUGAAGGCCCUCAGACUGGAGGCACUGGUCCCACCCUACCUGGACAACGCUAACCCUGGAGACAAGCUGGACAGGAUGCAGAGAGCGCGAGUGGAGGGAAUCCUAGAAGAUGACAAAGGGCUGACGACAGUGAGAUACCUGGACUACUGAUUCAUAAUGGCAGAGUGUAAUGCCAGUCUAGCUGUCUGGGUGUGGUGUACAUUUCCUACUGUACAAUUAGGCCACACCAAUUUAAUUUCUUGGUUAACGGAUUUGCCCGCUUCAUUUUUUUCUG